AUGGCAAUAAAACAACUUUCUCAAGAUACCAAGUGGAAAAUUGUUGCAAGUUCAUACAUAUUUGAUCCCACUUCAGCAAUUAAAGAAUUAGUGGAUAAUAGUAUUGAUGCACAUUCAAAAACUAUAUCGAUUGAUGUGGAUUCUAAAACAGGUGGUUGUGAGUAUAUAUGUGUUCGAGAUGACGGUGAGGGUGUCCUAAUAGAAGAUAGAUCAAUGAUGUGUUUAAAUCAUUCCACUUCAAAGAUUCAAAAUAUAUUAGAUAUUGGUAUGACUUCGAACUUGGGUUUUAGAGGCGAAGCGUUAUUUCUCUUAAGUACUUUGGUUGCCAAUAAUGGCUCACUGGAAAUUAUAACUAGAACAAAAUACGAUAAUAUUGCAGAACGUUGGUUAGUCGACAAGAAAGGGGCUAUUAUUCCUAAAUCUAGAAGAAAGAUCCCUGCCCCUACAGGUACCACAGUUAUUAUAAAAAAUUUACUGGGUGGACUACGUGCAAGAUAUAUAGAGUUACAAGGUAGAGUUGAUAAAACUGUAACAAGCAUAUCCAACUUAGUUAAUCAUUACAGUUUAUCAUUCAGAAAUAUAAGAUUUGUUUUUUCGUUGGUAUCACUUUCAAGAAAUGGGUUUGCUUCUAACAAGCAAUUAUAUAGUUCGAUAAACUCAAAUAUAUCCAGAGUAAGACUGCUUUCAAGCAUGGCUUCUUUAAGAAAACCAGUUGAAUUGAAUUUUUGGUAUAAAGAUAAUUUUAUUAUUAAUAAUCUUUUCAGCAUUGAUUAUAUAUUGCCAAAUAUGUUACCCGAGAUGGAAAUAAUUAAUAAAAAAAAACAGCUCAAAUUUGUUAGUAUAAAUCAACGUCCAUUAUCAAUUAAGUUAGAUUUUGGUCAAAGGGUUAAUAAAUCACUAAAUAAAAUUUACAAAAAUUUUGACCUUUUGGAACCUCAUGUUUGGUAUAUUAAUUUUAAUUGUUCAGGAAAUUUAAUCGACAUAAAUAUUGAACCGGCGAAAAAUAAUGUACUGAUAAAUAAUAAAGAAGUCAUAAUGAAUGAUUUUGAACAAGCUAUUACUUCAAUAUUAGAAAGCAAACUAAACUCUGAAUAUAGGAAAAUACAUAUUUCUCCUUUUGAAAAUGGUUCAAGAGACAAAAAUGUCCAACAACAAGUAGAGGGGAACCAAUUAGAUAGGGAAGACCAUAAGACUCGUUCAACCGAAUUAAUGGUUUUGGAUUUGGAUUUGGAUUUGAACCCAGAUACUACAUCACAUACUAAUGAGAAUGAUACCAAGCAAGUAAAAGAAGUUAGUUUAUUCAAUAAUGAUAUAUCUAUAGAUUCUACAACAGUAAUUAAUGAAGAUUAUGAUGAAGGUAGUGCUGUAAAAAAGAAUAUAAGCACAACAAACUCUGAUUCCUUCUUAUCAGACAAUAGAGAUAGUUGUAGCAGUAGCAACUGGGGAAAACUUUGGUUCAAUCAAGUAGAAUUUAUGCAGGAUAAAAGUGAUAAAAUUAAAGGUGUAAGUCAAUCACGAGAUAGUGUAUCUUUGCCAUCUUCAUUAACUAAUAAUUAUAAACAAGCUAGCUAUCUUAAUGAUGAUGAUUUAAAAUUAGCUAAAGACAUCUCACUAUCUAAUCCCAUAACAAUUUCAAAACUCAAAAGACCAAACAACUUAGAAAAUAUGAAUGAACAAAUGAAAGAAAGAAAAAUAAAUUCAUCGGGUAGGACUACUUUUACUAAUAAUCUUCACAUAUCAGCCAAGGAAGAUUUUCAAAAAAAUUAUAAUUCUAGAAUUAAUCAAGAUGGUAAGAUCUCAUCAUCAUUUAUUCCUAAAAGAGAUUUGAAAAGGCAUCUAUCUUUAUAUUCAGAAUAUACAAAUAGUUAUUCGACCAAAUGUAUCUACAUGUUCUCUAGAAACCUGAAUAAUUAUGAGGAAAAAUGGGAUAAAAGAAUUACUGUUGCACUAUCCAAUUCACUAGUUGCAAUGUUAUCUGAGAUUAGCAAUUUAUCAAGUAAUGAGGUGAUAAAUUCUUUGCAGAAAACUGACUAUGGUUGGUACAUGUUAAAGGGGACAGAAGAUAGACAAACUGAUCCCACAAUUUUUGACAAAGCUUGA